AUGCCAAAUGCGUCCCUCUUCUCCUGUGUGAUGUCGGCCCCAGAGUGCCUCCUCCUGGCGGAGGAGGUGCUGCAGCUCAGUGACCAUCUGCGAGCCGAGGCCGUGUUCUCAUGGCUGAACCAGCUGAAGAACGAGCUACCGACAACCGAGAAGGUGGAGAUCAGAAAGUGUCAGCGGCGUCUUGUGGACCAGCUUUCAAGCGUUCUGAUUGGCUCGCCUGGACCUCCUGUGCGCGUCCUAUUGGCCCAUUGCCUGGCCCUGGUGUUCCGCCUCGGAGACCCCUUACCCUGCAGCCUGGUGGUGGACAAGUGCAAUGACAUCAUCCGCAGCAAGGACGACUCCCCCUCUGCUCUCCCCUCUCGUCUGGCAGCUGUGGCCUGUCUGGGAUCAGUCUUUGAACAGUUGGGUCGUCUGCUCAGCGGGUCCUCCAAAGACACAACUACAAAUCUGCUGCGAGCGCUAAAGAACGCAGAGUCUCAGGGCCGCUGUGAGAUCUUGGCCUCUCUGGAGAAGAUACUUCGUGGUUUGGGGCCUUCAGCAGCUCCUGUUCACAGAGAUGUCUAUAAAUCUGCACGCUCCUGCCUCAGCGAUCGCUCUAUGGCCGUGCGCUGUGCGGCAGCAAAGUGUCUGCUGGAGCUCCAGAAGGAGGCGUUGUUCCUGUCCUCAGAGCUGGAGAACAUGUCCACAGUUUGUUUUCGAGCGUUUGAAGGAUCUUCCUUGUCUGUGCAAGUCUCUGUCUCUGAGCUGUUGGGUUCUCUGCUGAAGGCCGCUGUAGAGUCCAGGAACAAGACAGCCCAGAGAGCUGCUUCUGGAGCUGCUCUGGUGGAGGUGAUGGAGCUGCUGCUGGGAGGCUUCACCAGAGGAGGAGGAGGCGGCUUCCUCAGAGCCUCAGGAGACAUGAUCAAAGGAACCAGAGACGUGAGCAGAGACGUGCGGCACGGCAUCGCCCUGACGUGCACAGUCCUGGUCUCCUCUCUGGGCUCCUCGUGGCUGGAGCAGACCUUCCCUCAGUUCUUGGUUCUCCUCCUGGAGCUGGUGUCUCACUCUCGGAGCUCCCAGACCCCUACGGAGGCGGUGCUGACACGGGGGUGUGUGUCCAUGGUGCUCAGGGCCAGUCUGGGGGGGGUCCUGGGGGAGAAAGCCCAGAGCAGUGCAGUCCAGCAGUUGUGUGUCACUGUGGGAGCUCACAGGAAGAUCAUAGAGUCUUCAGUGUGUGACGCUGCAGCAGAGUCUAAAGCUGCCUCAGACCUGUGCUCCUCUCAGCACGCUCUGGUCUGUUUGCUAGUGGAGCUUGGGUCUCUUCUCCUGGGGUUAGGGUCCACCGCGGGGCCCCUGCUGACGGACCAGUCCACAGCUCUGGUCGACUCUGUGGUCUCGGUCCUGGUCCAUCCCUGUCCCGCUGUGCGAUUGGCAGCUGCCUGGUGCUUGCGCUGCGUUGCCGUGGCAAUGCCGUCCCAGAAUGCUCCGCUGCUGGAUCGCUGCACUGAGAGGUUGACAGCGCUCCGGUCCAGUCCGGACGCUGUGUCCGGGUUCGGGGCCGCGGUCUGUGCCCUGGUGUCGUCACCACAGCACCACAAGCUAGGUCUACCUCACAGCAAAGGAAAGAGUGUCCUGGCUCUGGCUGAGGACCUGUUGCGCUCUGCAUCUCAGAACAGUCGCAUCUCUCUGCAGAGGACUCAGGCUGGAUGGAUGCUCCUGGCCUCCAUCACCACAUUAGGUAUUGAGACUGGAGCAGAGACUGGAGCAGAGACUGGAGCAGAGACUGGAGCAGAGACUGGAGCAGAGACUGGAGCAGAGACUGGAGCAGAGACUGGAGCAGAAACUGGAGCAGAAACUGGAGCAGAGACUGGAGCAGAGACUGGAGCAGAGACUGGAGCAGAGACUGGAGCAGAGACUGGAGCAGAGACUGGAGCAGAGACUGGAGCAGAGACUGGAGCAGAGACUGGAGCAGAGACUGGAGCAGAGACUGGAGCAGAGACUGGAGCAGAGACUGGAGCAGAGACUGGAGCAGAGACUGGAGCAGAGACUGGAGCAGAGACUGGAGCAGAGACUGGAGCAGAGACUGGAGCAGAGACUGGAGCAGAGACUGGAGCAGAGACUGGAGCAGAGACUGGAGCAGAGACUGGAGCAGAGACUACAUAUGUGUAUGUGUUGUAG